AUGUGCCUGCUACGCCCGGCAUGCGCUCUAGAACUGGCUGGCGACGAACAAAAACCAGAAUGCUCACAAUGUCGCAAGGGCGGUCGAGAGUGUCGACCUAGCGAAGGCAUCGUCUUUCGUCAUCAACAGAACGCGUCCAUGAAUAAGGAAGGCGAGCCGACACCUGAAGGUCGUGGUAAUCUGAAAGGUUUCUAUUCGUACAAGAACACAUUCGAUAAAGAUAGUGUGUGGUUAGACAUUCCAAAACAUGUUAUCUUCGUUGACAACUCCGACCCGUAUGCCGAUGACAUCGAGACAUCGCUAGCCGAGUCCAGUGCGAUGGCUCUGGCUCAUUCGCAAAAUCAAAUAUGGGGCAGUGUAUCAAGGACAAGCGAUGCAGAAACACAUGGCUUGGAAGCUUUGUCGGCGGUCGCAAGCAAUGAUCGCUACCCAUAUUCUCCUUUGGACCAUGCCUCCGUUUCCGAUACCGUCUCUUACCCUUCUCCAAGUCGAUCACGAGGCAGUGCUAUGCCACCUCUCACCUCCCCCUCCAUGUCCCUGUCGGCCAGCAGUAACAACACCAACAUCAACUUCCUCCUAAACCCAUCCCACUCCUUGUCUCCAUCGGUCGACUCGACAACUCUCCAAACUCCAGACCAAAGGAGUGCAUCUCUCCCCUCACGACCCGCAGCAGCCCGGUUGCCAGUAGAACACAGAGUAGAAAGUAAUGCUGAGACAGACCUUGAAGUGGCAUUCUUGCUGCGUCACUACUCAGAAGGACCAGGCUUAUGGAUGGACCUAUUCGACCUUGGCACGUAUUUCGCAUCCUAUGUCCCCGUGAGAGCAAUGUCGAACCCACUCCUCAAGUAUGCCGCCUGCGCAUACGCUGCAAAGCAAUUAGGUCGUGUCAAAGGUGCUAAAGCAAAGAUGGGCGGAGUCUGUUCUCGACAGGCCGCCAUGGAAAUCUGGCCUGGCAAAGACGACGACUUCCUCUGGCAUGGGGCGAAGUAUUAUGAAAAGGCCAUUCAGUUGCUAAUGAAAGAGUUGCAACCCGAUACAGAGGGUCCGCCUCCUUUGAGCACACCCGAAGCUUUUGGGCAGUGGCAGGCUGCUGAGCUUUGUGGAGAUGGAGAAAAUCCUCGCAAAAGACGGAGGAGAUUAUCAAAUAGUCGGCUAUCGCGGGGUGUUCAUUCGGAUGAGGUAUUAGCGGCGACUGCUAUUUUAUCGGUGUAUGAAUUUCUUGAUGCGACUGGACCGGCAUGGAAUCGUCAUUUAAGCGGCGUAAAAUCAUUGCUUGACGUAGCGGAGGUCGGAAUAAUGCCGUUGGAAUCGUCUUCUUCAGAUGGGGACAGUCCGUAUCAGACAAUGAGGAAAUCUGCUCUUUCGAAAGCUCGGAGGGCGGCGUUCUGGAAUUUCGCACGGCAGGAUUAUCUGGCAGCUUUCAUCAAUGAGUGCCAUACAAGGCUGAACACCGAGGAUUUGGUCCUUUGGACCGAAGCGGGAUUGCGGCUCGAUAGCAUGGGAUUUGUUCGUCCCAGUAACACAGCAGCAACAGGAUACCCAGACAAUGACGAUUUCAUGAAAGAAGACACCAUCUGCAACGCUUUGGUGUGGAUUAUCUCAAAGAUCGUCAACUUCAUUAGCUCCGGAGAUAAUUUGAACUCGAGCGAUAACCAAUCCAUGGAUAGCGGACCCCUUGGAAUUUCCCAGCAGGUACUUCUUGAGCGAUGGUACCGGCUUGAAGCCGAACUAGACGUUUGGUAUCGAGGACUACCAGGCACAUUUCAAGCGUGUGCAAGGGUUGAUGCCUCAAAGAGGUCACAUUGCAACUCGCUGGAAGAAGCCAAAGACUUGGUCACUCUGCAAGAAGUGUGGCAUAGCAUCCCCAUGUGUGCCUCAAGUAUGCAGCAUUACCACAUGGCACGCAUCAUGCUGUUGAUUAACAAACCUCAUGAUACCACUAGCCGACGAAACACGAUCACGUUGCGACUCCAGUCAUAUCGUUCCAUCGAAGCCGAAAUCGGUUUUCAUAGCCGUGAGAUUGUUGGCAUAGCUCUGUCUCGUCCUGAUGGGAGUGUUCGUAUCAAUUCGUUACAGCCUCUCUUUGUUAGUGGACAAUGUCUGACUGAUCCGCGGGAACGUCGAGUUAAUGUGCGGUUGCUGCGAGCCGUUGAAGCGGAUCUGGGUUGGGCGACUGAGUACCGAGUUCAACAGUUGCUCAAGGAAUGGAACUGGGAUGAGAGCUCCCUUUAUUUGUCAGGCAGUUGA